AUUUUCUUUUUUUUGGGUGAACUAUCCCAAAAAAGUCCCACUCUCUCUAUCAGUCUUUGUGUGGCCCAUGAGGAAGAAAAGAGGAUAGGAGGACCAUGUUGCUCCAGCAUCCACUCCCUAAGCCAUAGAAUAUGAUAGUUGAUAGAAACCAAAUGUGCCAUGGUGUCCACUGGCUUUGAUUAAACCUUCACGCAGACACAGAUGCAUCCUGACUGUGAGUGAGGAACUGAACUGCCGCUCAAAGGUCACCAAGGAACGAGAUUCGCUAAUGUAGUUUUGCCCCAAAUACCCACAUUUUAUCCCUCCCAAAGUUUAUCUAUUUACCAAUUGUACAAGUUCUGGGAAAUGUACUCCUGCCUUUGCCCAAGCCGUGUCACAGUGCAUUUCGUGCUGUUUGGACAUCAAAGUGCCGUGCAAAAGGAAAUUGGGAGGACCACCUCACAGAGACAAAGCAAAAUAGCAUGCUGCGGCAUAUCAGUGUUCCCUUUGAUGCUCUGUGUGUGUGUGUGUGUUUCACAGAGAGCCCUUUGAGAGUCACAUUUGAUAUGCAUUCUGCAUGGAGUCCAUUAGGAUAUUACAGUUUCAUCAGCAGUGAUCUAAAUGUUUCCAUAUACUCUGCAUUUUCCCUCUGGUAAAGUGGGAUCUAGACGUUGGGCUCAGGUACAACUAUUUUGCCCCCCAGCUAGGGCCCCUCUUACAGUAAUGCUCACAUAUCGCCUGCACGGACCACAGCGCUGCUCAAAAGAAAGACCGCAAAUGGCUGUUUUUCAUGUGUAUGAUUGUGAUAUUAUGCUGUGUAGAAGAUCAAAUGGCAGUAAUUGGGGAUUUAUUCCACUGCCUUACGGGUCUACUAGAAAUAAUUUGUUUUGAUGGCACACUACCUGAAUUGGUAAAUAUUGUAUGAUGAUAUAAGCUCUUUGUUUUGCAGCUCUGUCCAGCUGCUCAGCCUCUGGAGGAAAGCUGUCCAAUAGAAGAAGAGCUUAGAGAGAAACCAGCGGUGUUACGGCAAACCAGCUCUGAUUAUUACAGACAGAUCACUAAUACAGACAUGGACAGACUCAAGCACCCUGAGACUGAAGAUUCUCCUCAAGCUCGCUACCCCCCUGCAUCUCUUUCACCUUCUCCACCCAAAUCCACCACUACACCCUCAGUCACCGAUCCAUCUUCUACCUCACAUGGGAAGACUUUCCAGAAUGUUCACUUGGCCACUACGGUGGUGAAGAACCUUAGCUCCAGUACCCCUGCAAGUAAACCAGUACGAGAGAAAGGGAAACUGCUGAUGGGAGAAAUGAAACUUGGAGAUGUUAAAUCUAUUGCCAGCCUUACGAAAUCUGGAUUGACAGCUGAUUUGGCAUUUUCAAAUAAAAUGGUGGUCUUACCGACAGAGGAGGCUAAUUUGUCUGACAUUGAUUACCUGGUGCCCAUGCAUGAUGAAAAGGGCAGACCUAUAGCAGAAUGGAAGAGACAGGUGAUGGUACGACAGCUACAGGCCAGAUUAUUUGACCAGGAAAGCCAAAGAAUUAAGGAGAAUGGUAAUAGACAUGCAAAGAUGGACAGUUGGAGGUUCUCCCAGGCUCACAAUGCCAUCCUUGGUCCAUUUGGAGAACUUCUAACAGAGGAUGACCUCAUCUAUCUAGAGAGGCAAAUUGAGAGUGUCUCCAUGCAGAAGCACUGUGAGGGCUAUGAAAUGGAACUUGCUCGUCUAGCUGAAGAACUACGCAACAUUCUCCCAGCACCCAUUGUCAACAUCACAGUCAACACCCAAUACAAGAACGCUACGCAGACUCCUUUACCUGUUUGGUGCAACCGUAUUUCAGGCAUUGUGAAGAGUAUGUCACUACUUAUGACAAACCUUACAGAUCAGCCUUACUGCAAAAUGCCAAACACGGAGCUUGUGAAUGUCUUCUCUCAGGCCUCAGAGAGGCAAGCAACCAACAGAGGAAGGAGGGAGAAGAUAGAAAAUGAGAUUCACCAAUUUGGGGUCUCUGUGAGAAACCUGAAGUCCAACUUUGAGAAUCAAAAUGAUUCUUCAUUGGAGGAUUUAAUGAGGGUUGGAUCAUUGGUUCAACAAGUCCAACAACCAGUUAAGAAUGGUUUUGAUGAGGACUCUCAAAAACAAGAUCAAAGAACGGAGGCUGAUCUUGAUGAAGAUGAUACAUCUUUCGACUAUGUCAUCAGUGAUGCCAUGGAAAGUACAACCCUGAGAAAAGAACGUAUUGUGGUGUUGUUCUUGGGUCACUGGAAGAAGUCUGCUUAUACUGUAACCGUAAGAAAUGCUCAGAGGAAACAAAGUGUUGAUUCACUGGAAAUAAAGAAGCCCAAGUGUGAGCGUAAAACUAGCUUGGAUAUCUCUCAGAAGAGGACCAUGGAGAAUGGUAAACUGGGGCACUUUUUCAAGCAGAGAAGUGCCAUCAAUAAGAUGAUUGGGAACUGGAGAAGCAUGAUCUCAUUUGUCCCAUCAAGGCAGAUCCGAAGACUCAACCGACAACAGGCAAUUUACUCACCUGAGCAGUUCCUGCCUCGUGUGGAUGGAUCUCCCAUCGACUACGACACCCUGACACUCGAUCUCUUCAUGCUUGGCUACUUUCACAUACUGGAGCUGGAUUUGCCACCGGAUGAGAGAAAAAUGAGACACCUCUUGUGCUUUGAAGUGUUCGAUCAUGUGGGCCGUUUUACCUGGGAGACUGUCCGGGAUUUUCACAAGGCUGUAAUUCAGGACAUUGAGGCUGGAAACCGGGAAUGGAAGGAUGGAUUUGAGGACAUUAAAGUAAAGUUCUUCGGAGAUGGAUCAGGCCAACCAGAGCUUGAACAUUCAGAACAGACCACAGUAGUAGAAACUAGGCGUGUGCCUAAAGUCAUCGUACAGACGCCCACUCCAGAUGAGAGUGAUGUGCUCAGAAGUAAUGCAGAUAUUAGUUGUUUGACUAAUGAGGAGAUAUGCAAAUAUAUUGAUCGUAGUUUUGCGUUCUGGAAGGAAAAGGAGGCUGAGAUAUUUGAUUUUGAAGAAUGACAGUAAGCCUGUUUGGGUGGUGUGGGGGUGUACAUAAAGAUUUCUUAUCUUUAAGAAUAUAUUUUGGGGGGAUUUGAUUUAGAAUUGACUGGUAGCAAUAUUUAUACAGCUGUGGCAUUUAAAGGUGCUGUUUGUGAGUUUUUGCCUAAAAACUAAAUCAUAAUAAUACGAUAAUAGUUUGCAGAUAUUUAAGGAACAUGCUAAGUGAACAUUCUUGUUUAUCUAAAAAACAAUACUAUUGUCAGAAUGUUUGUCUUUGUUUUGGGCUGUGUAACUCCACCCACUACAAGUUUACCCAAUGAUAAUUUAGCACCCAAGGUUGCAUUGGUGGAACCCACAUAGUAUUACAUUUCGGUCAUGAAGGCUGCCUCAAUAAUUGCAGGCGCAGCCAAAAAUAUGACUUCUAGAGGGCAGUAGCUACCUCCAAAAUGAGAUACAGAUUCAGAGUUAUAAAAAUCCGUAUGGGAUGGUUUUUAUGUAGUCAAAAAUUAUAAUAUUACAAACGUAAACAACUGAUCAGCAGUCUGUAAGGUUCAAUCUUCAGACACGCUUGUGCUGUCAAUCUGGCAACUUGUCUGACUCAUGUCUGAGGAGGAGGGGCCAGGUGAAAUGUAUCCCUAUCCAAUAUUUUGAAUUUGGAUUGCAAAACCUAGUUCAACCUCUAGUUGUAAAUCCUACAUGCUGCACCUUUAAGGCAUCAUUUUGCCAUUUAUUCUCCAAUUUUCCAGGAGUGCAAAAUGGAAGACUGCCAUAAAUUGAUAUUUGUUACUCUUUUCUGAUUAUUUAUUAUCAGUAUGCGAUGAUUUAAAUAACUUCAGUUCAGUUUUUGUUACUUACUAAGAAUUUGACAUUUACUUACAGAGGCUGAUAUGUUUUGAUUUGCACCAGUAUUGGAGGCUGCUUAUUUAAACGAUUGAAUAAAAUAAAUGAUCAUAUGAUUGCUUACUGUU